AUUUAAAAGGCGUCCUGCCCUUGUUUAUCACUUCCCUUCCUACUCGCCUCCAUCGACGUCGCCUUCUUCUUCCGCAUUAUCCGUUACAUUCCAAGAUCUGUACCCAAAUUUUUAGUUGAUUCAAAAUGGAUCUUACGGCUGGUUGACAUCUUUGAAAGUUUUGUGCCCACUGAUUUUGGUAUGAUGUUUUUGGGAGAAACCAAGAAUUACAGUGAACUAGAGCAGACAUUAAUCCAGAAGAAUUUUUCUGGGAGCAGCAACUGUGGAAUGGCCUUCAAAACAACCAUAAGAAAACAGAAAACACCCUUGGGAUUUGCACCUGUGCUGUUUGAAUCAUUGCCUUCUUUCGUACCUUGGUCUCUUAAGAUACCUAUGAAUGAUGGAUAUCACGAAUCUUUCUCUUUAGGCUACUGCUUCUUAUAACAUUAUUCCUCGUUACUCUGACUUGCUCAAAAGAUUUGUUUUGAGUCUGGAUGUUAAUCAAUUAUAGCAUUAUUUAAAUGCUCGAUUUAGCAAUGCCUGGGUUCUUUGGUGUUCAAAAAAGGCUUGCAGAUGCAGAGGUGCGUCUGAAUGUUUCAAUUCAAUCUAAUCUGGCAACUCAAAAGUUUUCAGCUGGAUUUUCCUUGCAAGCGCAGCAGAAUCCCGAUUGUCCAAUCAUACCUGGAUUGCCUGAUGAUGUGGCCAAGUUCUGUCUUGUUCUUCUUCCCCGGAAACAGCUCCCUGUUAUAGGUGCUGUUUGCAAGAGAUGGAGAUCUUUUAUUAAAAGCAAGGAGUUUCUUGUUAUAAGAAAGGAGGCUGGGAAGAUCGAGGAAUGGUUGUAUAUCUUAACUGGUGAUCUUGAUGGCAGUAGGAACCAUUGGGAAGUAUUGUCUGGCUUAGGGGAUAACAGAAUGGUGCUUCCUCCAAUGCCUGGUUCUAAAAAAGCUGGGUUUGGAAUUGCUGUCAUUGAUGCUUAUCUGUUUGUUAUAGCUGGCUACUCAGUUGACAUAGGGAAGGAGUGUGUUUCAAAUGAUGUUUAUCAGUAUGAUUCUCGGCUUAAUAGAUGGAGCACAUUGACCAAGAUGAAUAUUGCUCGUUGUGACUUUGCCUGUGCCGAGCUUGAUGGUUUUAUAUACGCUGUAGGUGGAAUUGAUUCUCAUGGUGAUUGCUUAUCAAGUGUCGAAGUGUAUGACCCAAGCAUAAAUAAGUGGACCAUAAUCGAAAGUCUUCGUUGCCCAAGGUGGGGUUGCUUUGCUUGCAGCUUUGAAGACAAACUUUACGUGAUGGGUGGCCGAUCUAGCUUCACAAUUGGUAAUACCAAGUUUGUGAAUGUGUAUCAUCCAGAAAGCCACUCGUGGAAUGAGAUGAGAAGCGGAUGCGUUAUGGUCACCGCACAUGCUGUGCUCGACAACAAACUGUUCUGUAUUGAGUGGAAGAACCAGAGAAAGUUAGCAAUAUUUAAUCCGGUUGAUAGUUCUUGGAAUAAAGUUCCAGUGCCUGUUACUGGUAGCUCAUCCAUUGCAUUCCGCUUUGGGAUAUUUAACCACAAGUUGUUACUUUUUGCGCUCGAAGAAACGCCUGGAUAUCAAACACUGCUCUAUGAUCCUGAUGCUCCAGUAGGAUCUGAAUGGCAGACGUCUUCACUGAAGCCCUCCGGCUUGUGCCUGUGCAGUGUGACAAUCAAGGCAUGAAGGUUCCUUAUGUAGGUCGGCUUAUCAUUUCUUUGUUAGGUUGGCCUUAGUGUUGUUGUCGUCUUCAUUAGGUGGGCUUUAGGUUGCUAAAGCCAUUUGGCUUCUGCAUUGUGUGUGAUUUCAAUUCAGCUCUACUAUGAAAUGUCUCUGAUCCUAUUUGAGUUCAGUCAUAUCACUCCCUAAAAUGUGACUGCAUAAUAUUUUACAUUUGCUUCCAUAUUAAACUUUAUUUAUUUACCAAGCA